AACCUCCUCUCCUCUCCUCUCUCUCUCUCUCUCUCAAAAUUCCAUUCAAAAUUGCAACUCCUUUCCGUCAUUAAUGCCCGCCUGUCUUCCCUCUCUCUGUCACUUGUUCUCCGUGUUUUCUCUCUCUACAAGUGUCUCUUUGCAUUUUUCUUUCGAUCUACUACUCCCCAUUUUACUAUCAUAAUUCAUUACUUCUUCGGCUAUCAUUGGUCCUAUAUGUGCACGGCCUUUCUCUCUUGAAUGUGUAACAGGAUCUGCUGCUGAGUAUUUACUUUCUCUUUCAGCUGUCUGUGCUUGAAAUGAACUGCAUUGUCUAGGUUGUAUGUGGCGAUGGAUAUCGAGGUUGCGGUCUCGUGCUUUUUUGCGAUAAUUCCGAUCUGAUUUCUCUCAAAUUCGAGGGCUUCUUUUUGGAAAAAGAGAAAGGUUUUCUUUAUUAUAAUUGAAAACAAAAUUAUUCGUCAUUUCAAAUUUUGAAAAAGUAAAUGGAGAGAGCUCGACACAGGAAAACCAAAAGUGCUUCCGGCAUUGAAGGUUUUCGGCCAAUUCAGAAGCAGAAAACUGUUCCAAGAUUGUCUUCAGAUUCUCGUUCUUAUAUUGAUGGGAGCAACAGGGAUGACAAGUUCAUGCUUGAGUUGGGGCAGAGCACCUUAGGAAGAGCAACAGGGAUUCCAAUGAAGAAGUUACUGGCGGAAGAGAUGUCAAAAGAUGUUGAACUCAAGAGAAGAUCAACAAAUGUUGUUGCCAAAUUAAUGGGUCUUGAAGGGCUGCCAUCCCCUCGGCAUGUUCAUAGACAACAAAAGAAGUUCCCGGAGAACUACCAACAGAAAAACAUUGACAUUCCCAUUAAUAAACAAAGCAGUAGCCAACAUUAUGAUAGCCGAUCGAAAUGGAGAAGCCCGAUAGACCUGCAAGGAUUCAAGAAUGUCUAUGAGGAUUUAGAAUCAUCGCAUGUUGUUGACCGCCAGUGUUCUUCAAGACGGAGGGCAAACUCAUUUCUUACGAAGCCUGAGAUGGAACUGAUUCAGCAGAAAUUUAUGGAUGCAAAGCGUCUUUCCACUGAUGAAAAAUUUCUAUGUUCCAAAGAGCUCAAUGACACUCUAGAGAUGCUGGACUCCAACAAGGACUUACUGCUGAAGUUUCUCGGUCAAUCAGAUUCCUCGUUUGCGGAGCAUUUGCAUGAUUUACAAGUCGAUCCUGGCAAUUCUCUUGGCAGUCGCAUAGCAGUAUUAAAGCCAUCUAAUUCCGAGAAGUUUGAAAGUAAAGCCAAAGCAUGGAGAUCAGAGAGAGAUAAUUCUAAUAAACCUCAUGCUGCUUCUCACCUGAAACGUCAAGAUGGUCUUCUGCUUGAACCACACAGUCGCCACAGAGUUUGCAGUUCAUCAAGGAUUCCAGUGAAGGAAACGAAAGAUGAAAAUACUAUUCCUACUAGGAUUGUUGUUUUGAAGCCAAACCUUGGGAAAGCUCAAAAUGCUGGCACAUCUUUGUCAUCUCAAGAUCUUUCACACAGUUAUCAACCUGGUUUCAAGAAAAUGAAGGAACAUUCAAAUGUCAGUAAUGCAAAAACUGCGUCACGGAGAAGGAAAGACUUAUCUCAUAAUACAGGAUUAUCAAAAUCCAUGUCAGAAGAAGCUAGAGAAAUAGCCAGAGAAAUUACAAUGAGGAUGAGAGAUGGUUACGACGAGACCACAGAUGCAAAAUCUAUUGCAUACAGAGGAUAUGUUGGAGAUGAGAGCUCGUAUGAUGCUAAUGAGAGUGAUUCUGAUAGUGAGUCUGAGGUGUUUAGAUUUGCUUCUAGAAGGUCAUUCGAUGGUAGUAGCAUGUGCAGAUAUCCAUCUUCCCAUUUAGGUGAAUCACCUGUAAAUACGGAAGCAAAGAAGCGACUAUCUGAGAGAUGGAAGAAGGCUCACAUAUAUCAAGAUUUGGAAAUGAUUAGUAGGGGUAGCACAUUAGGGGAAAUGCUUGCCCUGCCCAACAAGGAAACUAGGCGCUGCCAGUUAAAUGUUAAGAUGAAUCCUGGUCAAGCAAGUAAAGAACUUAGUAGUAAUGGACCUGCUACUUUGGAUGUUCCUUUAGGUAUCAGAAGUAGGGAUGGACGGAAAGAUGAAAUGUGCAGAAACUCCUCUAGAUCAAGGUCACUUCCUCCACCCGCUAGUGGGGGAGGGAGAAGCCACAGAAGAAGCAAUUUGGCUGCAGAGAAAAGCCCAGUGCAUAGUGAAUCUGUACAUCGUAGUAGAAGUAAGGUUGUAAAGGGAAAUCCGAGUCGCAGAGAAAAUCAUUCAGCCAGAGAUUCAAAAUCUAGGAUCAAGAAGUGUCAUCCCCGCCAGCACAUAUUUUCUAAUGAGAUAGACUCUUCGCCCAGAGCCAGUUUUGAGAUUCAGAUGGAACCAAACACCAAGGACUUAUCUGAACAACAGCCCAUGUUUCCAAUUGCUGAAGAGGCAGACAAUUAUGAAGUACCUAUGGUUGAUGUUAUGAUGAUUUCAGAUCCUGGAAGCACUGCUAUGUCUUCAAAAUCAUCCGAGAUUCUUUCAGAACAGUCACUUUCAUCUUUAACAGGUGACAAAGCUGCUGAUCAUAACCAAGAGUGUUCUAGUCUACAGGAGCUGCACAGAUCUCCUCACUUGCAGUGCCUCAGAGCUGAGCCAGAUUCUUCUGAGUGCUCUAAGGAAGCAGACCAUCCUAGUCCUGUUUCAGUGCUUGAGGCCCCUUGUAGUGAAGAAACACCAUCUUCUGAAAGUUUUGAGAGAGUCAGUGCAGGACUUCAUGAACUUCGGAUGCAACUGAAGCUCCUCAAGUUGGAGUCAGGCACAUAUCCUGAGACAUGUGAGACAUCAGCACUUGUUCCCAUCGAGGAGGAAGAAGCGCAACUACUUCCAGUAGUUUCUGAAGGAGACCCUGUCUUAUCAGCUGACAACUGGAGGACUUGUUAUGCUGUUGACGUGCUGAUCGAAUCUGGUCUUGAAGAAUCCUACUUUCACAUGUUGAGGACGUUGUGGCACUCAAAUAGCCCAUUGGACCCCAAGUUGUUCGACAAGCUGGAGAAGAAAUACAAUAACGAUGAGACCACCAGAUUGAGGUGGGAAAGGAGGUUGCUCUUCGACAAAAUAAAUUCAGCAGUGGUGGAGAUUUUCCAUGAGCGCGUGAACCUGUGCCCCUGGGUGAUGCCAAAAGUGUCGGGAUCGAAUCUGCAAUGGCAGGGUGUUCAAGAUGAUCUUGAGAGAUUGAUUAACCAAGAGUACGGCAGUGGGUAUAGAGAACUUGAUAGAGAGAUGUUGUGGUCAGAAUCUAGAGCAGAAAUUGAGGUAUUAGGUAAUGAAAUUGAGAGAUUGUUGAUGGAUGAGAUGAUAGCUGAGAUUAUAUGUAACUAAUGUUAGCUUUUCAACUGAACUGGAAUAGAAUAGUAGCUGGUUACAUAGGUAGAUGAAAAGCUUCGGAGUACAAGAAUUGAGAAUAAAUCUCAAAUUUAUUGUAAAGUUUACAAUUGGUUAAGCCAUCACUGUGUGUUUCAUGUUAUUACAUAGCAAUGCAUGUUUGUAUAAAUGCUUGCAACA